CUCAUUCAAGCAUCAGUCGGGUGUGCAUCGUUCUAAACCGGUCGUCGAAAUUUUGAAGAAUUGUAAUCGGAUAUCCUGUAUAAUAUAUGUGAUCAGGGUCGUUUUAUAAGUCCAGGAAAAAUGGCAACGGAAGUGCAAACCUUUUACAAAGACAAAAUAGUCUUAACAGGCGGUAGUGGAUUCCUGGGAAAAGUGACCAUUGAGAAGCUGCUCCGCACCACAGAGGUGAAGCGCAUCUAUGUGCUGCUUCGAGCCAAGAAAGGCCAGGAAAUGCAGGAGCGAUGUGCCGCCUGGGAAACGGAUCCGGUCUUCGAUGGCCUGAUGAAAACGAAUCCGGAAGUACUGAAGCGGAUAGUGCCUCUUGCCGGAGACUGCGAGGAGCCCGAUCUCGGUCUGAGCAUCUCCGAUCGUCAGGUGUUGGUGGAUCAGGUACAGAUUGUAUUCCACAGUGCAGCCUCUGUGCGUUUUGUAGAGCCUUUGCACAUCGCUCUGGCCGUGAAUACAAGGGCCACUCGUCUUAUGAUUCAACUGGCCAAGCAGAUGCCCCAUCUGGAGGCCUUUGUUCAUGUGUCCACCGCGUACUCAAAUUGCGUGGUGGAACACAUCUUUGAGCGAUUCUAUCCAGAGCAUUUGACCUGCCCCGCCAACAAGGUCCUGGAGUUGCACGAUACCUUAAGUCCGGAGCUGUUGGAUAACAUGGCACCAGCAUUGAUGGGAAAGUAUCCCAAUACCUAUACAUAUACUAAAGCUCUGGCGGAGAAUGUGCUCCGUGAGGAGUCGGAAGAUUUGCCAAUCUGCAUUUUUCGUCCUGGUGUUAUAAUUGCCAGCUAUAAGGAGCCCAUGUCCGGUUGGAUUGACAAUCUUUACGGACCAAUUGCAGUUCUCUACGGAGCAGCUUUCGGUGUAUUGCGCAUCACACGGCUAAAUUUGAAGGCCCAGGCCGGAAUCGUUCCGGUUGAUUACUGCGUUAAUAUGGUCCUGGCCUGUGCUUGGAACACUGCCCGAGAAUGGAGCAUCAGUUUGCCAUCGGAGCCAAUGAUCUACGCUUUUACGCCGAACAGGGAUAACCUGAUAACCUGGGGCGGUUGAGACAAGGCGGCACGACUAAGGCAAACCUAUCCGCUGAGCAAGAUGAUGUGGAUGCCAUUCCUGCACUGCACCACCAUCCCUUGGGUAUUCCGAUUCGUGGCCUGCUUUUACCACCUGCUUCCUGGUUAUGCAAUUGAUCUGGUUUUACGGUUACGUGGUCGCAAGCCACGGAUGAUCAAGAUGUACGACAAAAUACACAAGAAUAUUGACAUUCUGGCUCCCUUUGUGGACACCUCCUGGAAUUUUGAUACAACCAACACCCGCAAGUUGUGGAAACGUUUGUCUUCCGGGGACCAAAAGCUUUAUGACUUUGACAUGAGCAGUGUCGACUGGGAUGAUUAUUUUUUGAAUGCCCUGGCAGGUAUUCGAAUUUACCUUGCCAAGGAGGAUCCAGGCCAGGAGACUUUGGAGAGGGGCAAAAAGAUUUACAAGAGAUUCAGAAUUCUCCAUCGGCUCUUGCAGUUUACUAUAUGUAGCGGAGCUGCUGCCCUUUUGUGGUCCAUUUUCAAACGACUAAUCAGCCUCUUCAUUUAAGUCAACUAACAAACAGGCACAGGCAAAGGCUGUACGUUCUUUGUUUAUAGUUUAAUAAAUGUUUUGGAAAAAGUG